AUGGCGCGCAGGGGGCAGCUCCCGGCGUUCGCGAAGUGCACGGCGGGUCACCACCCGGCGUCGGCAGCGCGGACGGCGUCGCGCACGGCGGGGCAGACUCCCGGCGUCGGCGGUGCACACAACGCGUCGGGGCAGCUCGCGGCAUUGGUAAGGGCGGGUGCGGCAUCCAUUCCUAAAAAUACCUUUUUACCUGCUCCUACAACUGUUUAUGUAGUAGUGUUUGAUCUCAACGUUCGUUUAGAGGACGAUGACGACGGUGACAUUCCCUUGGAUCUCAACAAGCAUAAAGCUGACGACGGCAAUGCUAGUUUUGAUCUCAACGAGCCUGUACAUGAUGAGCAUGGCAACAGCACUACUCCUACCUCUUCUUGUCUAGUUGCAUGUAUUCUUCUCUUGUCGCUGAAUUAUCAUGUUCUAUUUUUUAUAGGAUUUGAUUUGAACUUGCCAGUAGAUGAAUUUGGAGCUGUUGAUUUUGAUUAUGUACAAAACCUAGCUGAUCAUGCCGAUCAAGUAAACCAACGGAAACAUGAUUAUUCUGAUCAUGUUAGACAACAAGUGUACCAAGCACUGUUGAUGAGAAGCAAGAAUGGGAGACUAGACAAGCACGAUACAAAGAUUCGAACAGUUCAGCGCAUAUGGCAGCAAGGCAUUCUUGGAGUACAGUCCAUGGAAAGCAAACAUGAUAUUUGUAACACUACAAACUGUUUUGAAGGAAACAAUGAAGAUUAAAGGUUGCAAUAAUAUAAAGAUUCCUCACAUGCAGAAACAAAGACUAAAGGGGGAAGAUAGGCUGCCAUUGCAAAUUCCUUGUGAAGCUUCAUUGCUAGCUGAAGCCAUCAGUAGUCUGCCUGCAAAUUAGAAGAUGCAAUUUAGUUUAUGCAAAAGAUGUGCCGAAUGCUUAUGUAUCUUAGUUUAAAUGCAUGUACCUUAUUGUUCGUUGUU